AUGGCACCGCGAACAUUCAAAAAAGCCAUCGUCGCCGUGAGCGGCACCUUCCCCGGAUACAAGCAGGCCGACCUGAAGACCCUGGUGGAAGGUCAGGGCGCGACGUUUAGUAGCAGUGUGUCGCAGGAUUGUACGCAUUUGGUUACGACGGAGAAGGAUGUUGAGAAGGGGGGUGUUAAGUUCAAGACUGCUUGUGGGAUUAGUACCUGCGAGGUUGUGAAUUUGGCUUGGUUACUGGAGUCGGUUGAGGCGAAGAAGCCGCUUCCGGUGAAGAGUUAUUUGUUUACGAAUGAUUCAAGUUCUCCGGUCCCGCAGGGUAAUGGAGAUGCCACUGCCGUUAAAAAGGAGGAGAAGGAGGUUAAGAAAGAAAAGGGCGGCGCGAAGAAGCGGACUCAUGAUGAUGCGAUAGGUGCUAAUGGGGCUGCCAAUGGAGAGGACGAAGAUGAGUCGAAGAAGAUGAAGGACUCGCAGAAAGCGUCGUCCAAGAAGCUUGUUGUUCCUCUUGAUGAGGGCUGUACCUUGGGUUACUCCGUUCAUAUCGAUGAUUCAGGUCUGAUUUGGGACGGGACUCUGAACCAGACCAACGCUGGCCAGAACAACAACAAAUUCUACCGCAUUCAGCUUCUCGUGAGCCCCAGCUCCGACUACAGAACGUGGACUCGUUGGGGUCGCGUCGGAGAGCCAGGUCAAUCGGCUGUUCUGGGAAGUGGCGGUUUAAAUCAAGCUAUGAAAGAGUUCGAGAAGAAAUUCAAGGACAAGACCGGUCUAACCUGGGAGAAUCGGUUGAACACUCCCAAGGACAAAAAGUACGCCUUCCUCGAGCGCAACUACGAAGACUCGGACGACGAGGAAGACAAUGAAGAUCAGGUUGUCAAAAGGGAAGAGAGGGAAGAGAGGGAAGAGACGCCCGUGGAAAGCGCUCUGCCCCAGUCGAUCCAGAACCUCAUGACCUUCAUCUUCAACCAGCAGCACUUCGUCUCCGCCAUGGAGGCCCUGUCUUACGAUGUCAAGAAAAUGCCUUUGGGAAAGCUGAGCAAGCGGACGCUCCACGAUGGAUACCAGAUCUUGAAAGAUCUGUCGGAUCUUCUGGCCAACCCUGGUUUAGCCAAUUCGAAAUACGGAAGGACUGUCCCGGCUGCCGCGGAGGAUCUUAGCAAUCGGUACUUUACGACAAUUCCUCAUGUGUUUGGUCGCAAUCGACCACCGGUCUUGUUUCAUGACAAGUUGAUUAAGAAGGAGGUUGAGCUGCUGGAGGCGUUGACGGACAUGGGCGUUACAAAUGCGAUUAUGAAGGACUCCAAGGAUGUCGAGAGGGAGAGAGUUCAUCAGCUGGAUCUCCAGUAUAACAGCCUGGGAAUGGAGGAGAUGACUCCAGUCGAACCCAGUACGGCCGAGUUCAUUGAGCUCGAGCAAUACCUCAACCACUCACGCGGAGCAACCCAUAACAUGAGCUACAAGGUAAUCAACAUCUUCCGCAUUGAACGUCCCGGCGAAACAGACCGCUUCUCAAAUUCCUACGGUGCCAUUCAGAACCCCAACCGCCGUCUCCUCUGGCACGGCUCCCGCAGUACCAACUUCGGUGGUAUCCUCAGUCAAGGUCUGCGCAUCGCACCUCCCGAAGCCCCCGUGAACGGUUACAUGUUCGGCAAGGGUGUCUACUUUGCCGAUAUGUCUUCCAAGUCCGCCAACUACUGCUGUCCCUACAACUCUGGUAACAUGGGUCUGCUGAUGCUGUGCGACGUGGAGUUGGGAGAUCCCAUGUACGAGCAAGAAUAUGCCAACUGCAACGCUGCUGAGGACUCGAAAAAGGAAGGCAAACUUGCAACACUUGGACGUGGAAGCAGUAUUCCAGCCGGUUGGAAGGAUGCUGGGUCCGUGCAUGAGAGUCUCAAGGGGGUGACGAUGCCGGAUGUGGGCAUGGGGUCGAAGAAUGAACAGAAGGGGUGUUCGUUGAUGUACAAUGAGUACAUUGUGUAUGAUAUUGCGCAGAUUCGACAGCGGUAUCUGUUCCAUGUUAAUAUGCGAUAG